AACAUGCUGUGAAGUGCAAGAGCUGACCAGCCUUAUUCAGUGCAGAUUGAGUGCAACUCAGUUUUGGUUCGGAUCAGUUCCCAGAGUCUUUCUUGUAUGAGGAAGUGAAUCUGUUUGUCAUUCGCUGUCUCUGAGAGGUGAAAUGGCGCAACAAGGAAUUCAGAUGGACGGGGAAAAACUCUGCUGUUCGAUCUGUUUGGAUCUACUGAAGGAUCCGGUGACUAUUUCCUGUGGUCACAACUACUGUAUGAGCUGUAUUAAAAGCCACUGGGAUGAAGAGGAUCCGAAAGAAAUCUACAGCUGUCCUCAGUGCAGACAGACCUUUGGACCGAGGCCUGCUCUGGUGAGAAACACCAUGUUGGCAGAUUUAGUGGAGGAACUGAAGAAGACAGGACUCCAAGCUGCUCCAGCUGAUCACUGCUAUGCCGGACCUGGAGAUGUGGUCUGUGAUUUCUGCACUGGGAGGAAGCUGAAAGCUCUCAAGUCCUGUCUGCAGUGUCUGGUCUCUUACUGUGAGCAGCACCUCCAGCCUCACUAUGAAGUUGUUCCAUUAAAGAAACACAAGCUGGUCGACCCCUCCAAGAAGCUUCAGGAGAACAUCUGCACUCGUCACAAUGAGGUGAUGAAGAUUUUCUGCCGUACUGAUCAGCAGUGUAUCUGUUAUCUCUGCUCCAUGGAUGAACAUAAAGGCCACGACACAGUUUCAGCUGCAGCAGAAAUGACUGAGAAGCAGAAAGAGCUCGGGGCGAGUCGACAAAAGAUCCAGCAGAGAAUCCAGAACAGAGAGAAAGAUGUGACUGAAGAUGUGUUACUGCCACAACCAGAGCCCAAGACCAGAGAUGAAUUCCUCAAAUAUUCAUGUCAAAUCACACUGGCUCUAAACACAGCACACAAACAUAUGGUGUAUUACAGUACCCGAGAGACCGCAAAAUGCUCUUAUAAUCAAUUAUCCCAAUAUUGUCACCCAGACAGCUUCACUGACUGGUCUCAGGUUUUGUGUAGACAAAGUCUGACUGGACGUUGUUACUGGGAGGUGGAGUGGAAGGGGCGCGACCUUUUUGUAGCAGUCGCAUACAAGAAUAUUAGCAGAGCAGGAAGAGAAAGCGCAUUUGGAAACAAUGACAAGUCUUGGGCAUUAGAGUGUUUCGACGAUGGUUAUUAUGAUUUCAGAUAUAACAACAUCACAACUACCAUCUCUGGUCCUCAGUCCUCCAGAGUAGGAGUGUAUCUGGACCACAGUGCAGGUAUUCUGUCCUUCUACAGCGUCUCUGAAACCAUGACUCUCCUCCACAGAGUCCAGACCACAUUCACUCAGCCACUCUAUGCUGGAUUUGGUGUGCAUUAUGGAGGCUCUGCUGAAAUCUGUAACACUUUAAACACAGAAGACUGAAAUCCAGAGAGACAAGACACCACACACGACAACUCGUUUAGAGUUUCUGUAUGUGGCGCUCUGUCUCUUUUCAGCCAUGGUGGUUAUCACUGCUCAUGAUGUUUUUGUUAUUAUUCUUUAAAGCAACCUAUUUGUAUACUAAAUAACCAAUUGCAAAAAAUAAACUAACUUUAAUGUAAUAAAUU